AUGAAGGACAUCAAUCAAACCAAAGUAUCGGAGUUCAUCCUACGUGGGGUGUCAGAUGUCCCAUACCUCCAGUUGCCUUUGUUUAUGGUGUUUUUCCUCAUUUAUCUAGCAUCACUGGUUGGGAAUUCCCUGAUUGUCCUUCUGAUAUGCCAUGAUUCUCACCUCCACACUCCCAUGUACCUAUUUCUGUGUAACCUGGCUGGGCUGGAUAUUUUCUAUUCCUCUGUCACCUCUCCAAAGAUUCUCACAGAUUUCUUUUCUAAAGUCAAGACAAUUACUGCUUCUUCAUGUAUCACUCAGUUCUUUUUCUUUUUCUCCUUUAUAUGCAUUGAACUGUAUUUGCUGGCUGUGAUGUCUUAUGAUAGAUAUAUCGCAAUCUGUCACCCUUUGCAUUAUAUCCAGAUAAUGCACCCCAAGAUUUGUGCUCAAAUGGUGUCCGCAUCUUGGGUCAUUGGGUUCCUUACCUCAUUGAUACAUACCCUCUGUAUUCUGAGACUGAACUUCUGUGGCCCCAAUGUCAUCAACAGCUUCUUCUGUGACCUCCCUCAGUUGUUUCUAUUGUCUUGUACUGAUACUUUCAUUAACGUCUUUGUCAUGUUCCUUGUUGGUAUCUUAAUGGGUUCCGGUGCUCUUAGUAUGACCUUUGUACCAUAUAUCAGGAUAUUUCGCACCAUCAUGGGGAUUCACUCCCAGAAAGGAAAGAUGAAGGCCUUUUCCACAUGUACUUCCCACCUAACAGUAGUCUUCAUCUUUUAUGGAACUCUCAUCUUUACCUACCUCCGUCCUAACCCCACUUCCACUGCUUCAGAAGAUCGUCUUGUGUCCAUCGAUCAUCUUGUGCCUAUCAUCUACAUGGUGAUUACACCACUCCUCAAUCCCUUGAUUUACAGCUUACAGAAUAAAGAUCUCAAAACAGCACAGAGGAGAAUUUUGUACUGCAAAGCAUGGGAAAUUCUGGCACAGCAUAACAAUGCCAAUUGUGAACUAGACGAACAAUUUAAUUUUAUGUAA